AUCACACCAUCUCAUCACACCAUCUCAGCAUACCGCACCAGCUUCGAUAAACGGAACAUCUACACAUCAAUACCACACCGCACACUACCAGACCUUCACAAGCCUUCACAAGCACCACAAAGUCCGAACAAGCCUCACCAAGCCCCAACAAGCCUUAAAAAGCAAAUCGUCAUCAAUUCAUCAUGCAAGCCGCUAAGGACGCCGCCCGCAACUUUCUCCACCGCGACCACCACCACGAGACCGUGGUGUGCGAAGACUUCAAGCCCGCCGUGACCAAGGAGACCGUCGUGCCCGUCGAAGUCGUCAAGGAGACCGUCGCCAUCGACCGCGAGAUCCACCAGGACCACCACCAGAUCCGCAUUCAGCCCAUUGAGGACCACGUCCGUGCCGCAGAGAAGCACGAGGCGAAAGUUUUGCCUGUCGUCCACCGCGAGACCCAUCACGGAAAGGAGGCCGAGAUUAAGCGGAAGCUUGAGGAGGAGGCGCAGAAAUUCCGCUCGACAACUACGGUCCUCCCCACCACGCACGAGAAGGUACAAGUGGGAACCGUGCAAGGCGAGCACAUCCACCACCACGUGUACGAGCAAGUGCAGCCCGUGAUCGAGCGAGAGGUGAUCCAGCCGACCGUGGUCCACACGACGGUUCCGAUCCAUGAGCGGAUCGAGUACGAGCCGACGUUCCACCCUGCGACGGUGCAGCCCAAGAUGACGAUGGACGAGUUCCUGAAGGCCGGCGGCACGCUCGAGGGCCGCGGCGGAGUAUGCGAGAGCUUCGCGGGAGAGCCCCAGGUCCGCGAAAAUGGUGGCGCGCAGCAGACCUACCCCAAUGCUCACCUCCAGGAAGGGAAGCGCCCCGGUUACCAUCGCAUGGCCAGCAGCAGCUCGGAUAUGCUGAGGGACGCGCAUAGGACUGGAAUGACCACUCCCCCGAUUGGUACCCGUUAAGUAAGCUCGCACACGACGUUACGACGGAGAAUAGGCGCUUGUACGAUUGGGAUUGAGCGAAUUUGAGCACUGCGACUGCGGGAUGUUUUUUGUUUUUCCUUUCUGUUCUGGUUGUUUGGUUAUAUGUAUGAGCAGAAUCAGGGUACAUUCACGUGCAACGUCAAAUCGAUGCUUUCAUAACUUUAAA